GGAACCAAAGCAAAAACAGAUUUUGAAGGGUGAGAGGGUAUGGGUAUCAAUAUAAAGGGAGAAAUAGAGAGGGUAAAUGGGAAGGAACUGAGUUACAUUGAAUUUGUGGAUAGAUAUAUGGAGAAGAACAAACCCGUUGUACUCACUGGGCUAAUGGACCAUUGGAGAGCUCACACUGAUUGGGUCACACUUCAUUCCCAACCCAACUUUCAAUUUUUCUCAACUCAUUUUGGAGCUUCUAAAGUUCAGGUUGCUGAUUGUGACACAAGAGAAUUCACUGAUCAGAAAAGAGAGGAGAUGUUGGUCUCCGAUUUUAUAGCGCGUUGCCUUCUCGAGGAGGCUUCUGCUGUUCAAUGUAAUAAUGAAACUUGUUCAAGUAAUGGUGCCUCUGUAUCUAUACCGUAUUUGAAGGAUUGGCAUUUUGUAAAGGAGUAUCCUGAGUAUGUAGCAUAUGAGACUCCAAGGUUCUUUUGUGAUGACUGGCUCAAUCUGUAUCUUGACAACUUCAAAAUCCAUAUUGAUUCUGACACACAGCAACCGAAUGAGGAAAUAUGUUGCUCUGACUAUCGUUUUGUUUACAUAGGGGUGAAAGGAUCUUGGACUCCUCUUCAUGCUGAUGUUUUCAGGUCUUAUAGCUGGUCGUCAAAUGUCUGUGGAAAGAAGAGAUGGCUUUUUCUAGAUCCUUCCCAGUGUCAUCUUAUAUUUGACAGGAAUAUGAAAAAUUGUGUAUAUAAUAUCUUUGACGAAGUAUCAAACUCGAAAUUUCCUGGUUUUAGCAGGGCUAUCUGGUUGGAAUGCACACAAGAUGCUGGUGAAAUUAUAUUUGUUCCCAGCGGAUGGUAUCAUCAAGUUCAUAAUUUGGAGGAUACGAUAUCUAUAAACCACAACUGGUUCAACGCUUAUAACCUUUCCUGGGUGUGGAAUUUACUUUUAAGGGACUACAAUGAGGCCAAGGACUACAUAGAAGACAUCAAGGAUAUAUGUGAUGAUUUUGAAGGUCUAUGCCAGCGCAAUCUUGCUGCUAACACAGGGAUGAACUUUUAUGACUUCUUUACUUUCAUGUCAUACUUCACCGUGGCCAACUUAGUGUUGCUUCGUUAUAUAAAUAGAAGAUAUGGAAGUACUACUGGAAGUUCUUCAACAAUAGCUCAGCAUUUAUCCAUGAAUCUUGGGUGUUUAAGGAAGACCGCUUCAGAGAUGAAACACGUACGUGCUCUAGAAGGAAAUCAUAAUUGCGUUGUGGAUAUUAUCAAAGCAUUUGAAGAUCCUAGAUUUUCCAAAUUAUGCAUGCAUGUAGGAAGAACAUAUGCCAUGGUACAUGAGCAAUCUCACUUGGUCUCUGAUUUCGAGAGCUCUACAAUGAGUGAUUUGGUGGACUUCAGUGAUUCGAAAUCAUACACAUCUCAGAUCUACACACCUGAAGAUCUUAUUCAAUUUAUAGACAAUGUAGUUGCAGAAGAGGAGCCAUCUGUACUUCGUGACACUUGAAUGGCCUUUUGAAAUUCAUUUUCACAACUGAUUGCACUUGAAGUUGGGACCAGCUACUCCAGUCUAACAAUUGCAUCUCAUUGCUUUUACUCUCACGAGACAAGAAAGUUAUCACCCAAUUGGCACUUGUCAUAGUUUUUUUUGUGAAAAUUUUGGGAGAGGGGAUGGUUCCUUAAGCCCAAAGCAAGAAAAAAAGGGAAAGUUUCUAGACUCAGUGCUUAGAGGAAUUUACAUCUACCUUCAGACAAGUGGGCAAGAACUAGCAAACUGUCAAAUACAAACCCUUGUCUUAUUCCACUUGACCUACCAUUUGGGACUAGUGGUCCUUGUUUAAGUAAGCUUUACUCGUCACUUAUCUUUACUCUAACUGGCUUGUCUUACUAAUCCCUCAUUUUAGGCUCCAUUGGGUCACCCUUUUUGUCUUUCUAUUCUUUCUUACUUAUACUUGUUCCUUGCUUUCUUCUCUGGCUGUUUAGAAACCAAUACCUUCUGUUACAGCUGUGGGCCCUUCAUGUCCCAUAGUUGUGCCUUAGAAAAGAUUGACUUUUGACUCUGGCAAAUUUAUUUAGCAGCAGAUGAUAUGAUUUUUUAGGGAUAUUGUAUUAUUGUCAUCAAUUUACUUUUGCAAUUGGCUCUCGUCGUAGUUGUGUGAAGGUUGGGCAAUAGGUUUCUUACCCAGAACGUGUACCUUUCGCCACAGAUCGUGGGAGUUGUGGACACUAGACACCUUCCCUCUUGAGCCUUUUUGCUGUAUAUCUGUUGGUUUUUUAUAUAUGUAAUUUAAUUGGAAUAUACUAAAAUUUUCUUAUGAUUGGAUGGAUGUCUUACCAUUUCUAGA